GAUUCGGCCGGCUCCGACAUACAUAUGUAUUUUCAGCAGCAAAACAAAAGCAAGCCAAGUUUCAUCCGUAUAACUUCAAAAUUAAUUUUACGAAAAGCUUAAAAAAUGUGCUGAGUUUGAAUCUGAACUGCCAAACAAAGCUCUUAGUGUGGUCAAAUGAUGAGCACAACUUUGAAUAAUACGCUCGUCAAGUGUGGAGUUCUUUUUAUGGAUCCGUUGCACAACAGUUCCACUUCCAGAACACCAGAUGGUUUAUAUCGAUAGUUAUGACUAUCGUAUAGUAGGCCACCACUGCACAGCUGAUAUUUUGGCGGCAAUUUUUAUUCAAAACAAGUUAAAUACACAAUCAAAGCCCAGUGAUUAAAUUAAAGCCAUUAUGCACGACUCUGUAGAUGAGGUAAUAAAAACGCGUCGAUUUUUAAAGGAGCGACUGCAGCGUGACUACACCACACUGCGUGGAUACCAAGCGGAGCGCUCCAAUGUGCGCCAACUGCUGCGGCGCACAGCAGAAAUGGGUGAAUCGAAUUCCCUGCUUUUGAUUGGACCCCGUGGGGCUGGAAAAACGACACUCAUAAAUGCCGUUCUCACGGAUUUGCUGGAAAACAAAUCAUUUGUGGACAACACGCUCAUCGUACACCUCGAUGGAAAUUUGCAUACGGACGAUCGCUUGGCUCUCAAAUCAAUUACGGUGCAAAUGCGACUUGAGAAUGCAGCCGAUGGUAAAGUGUUUGGUUCCUUUGCCGAGAAUCUCGCCUUUCUGCUGCAGUGCCUCAAGGCGGGCGAUAAGAAGUCCAAGAGCGUGGUGUUCGUGCUCGAGGAAUUCGAUCUCUUCUGUACACAUCACAAUCAAACACUGCUCUACAAUCUCUUUGAUGUCUCACAGUCGGCUCAGGCGCCAAUCUGUGUGCUGGGCGUAACUUGUCGCCUGGACGUCAUUGAGCUACUCGAAAAACGAGUCAAAUCGCGAUUCUCUCAUAGACAGGUGUUUCUGUUUCCCAGUGCCCAUAAAUUUGAGGAGUAUGCAGGACUCUUUCAGCAACUGAUGAGCAUACCCAGCAGCAAAGAUCUGAAGUCUGCUGCUGAUCGCGUUGACAGCCUAGAGCUACUUAAAUCGGAUGCGUUCACCUUCCAGCGAAAUCAUUUUGACGGUGUUGAGUAUAAUUUUGAUAAGAGAUAUGCCGAGAACUGGAACAAACAGAUUGCUAUGAUUAUCAAGACACCAGCAGCACAGAAAACUCUGCAAAUGCUUUACGAUUUCGAUAUAAGCGAGGCAUUUCUGAAGAACUUUAUAUAUCGGCUCGUGGCACAGCUAAAGCCCGAUGCUCCACACAUUACAGGCGAGCAACUUACAAUGCUGGCCGCCCAAUACGAGUCUGAUGAUAAAGUUGAGCUGCUCUGCGGACUCUCUGUGCUCGAACUGUGUCUCAUCAUUGCGAUAAAGCAUCAUUCGAGCAUCUACGACAGGGAUCCGUUCAACUUUGAAAUCAUAUUUGCGCGCUUCACGAAGUUCGCCAAGGUGUCCACAACGAUGCAGGGCGUGGAACGUGCUAUUGUACUCAAAGCCUUCGAGCAUUUGCGCAUUGUGGAGCUCAUCAUGCCGCUUUCGAGCAGCGGUUUGGGCAAGGUGCAGAAGGAGUUCGAAAUGCACAAAAUGGCUCUAACAUAUGGACAAAUACAGCAAGCGGUUCAACGCUAUCAAGCACUCCCCACGGAGGUGGCGCAAUGGGCGCAGAGUUCGUUAAUCUGAUGUUGGCUAUCAUUCCUUAAAUUUAAACCUUAUUUAUUUCAUUAUUUAAAUACACUUAUCGACCAACGUCUGUAA